CCAAAUUCCGGUACCUCAAGCUCAACAACGCCGAUUCCCAAUUGAUACCCCAUACCAUCAUGAACUCCAUCCGAAUCGCCCGUACGGCUCUGCGAGCGCGUCCCGCAGCUAUCAAGACCCCUCUUAUGCGCCGAGGUUACGCUGAAGCUGUGUCGGAUAAGGUCCGUUGCAUCAUGAACAGAUUUUUGCGGUAGCGUGCUAAGUGCCAUUCUAGAUUAAGUUGAGCUUGGCUCUUCCACACCAGGUACGUCGAAUUGCGAUUAAAACAUACGCGGAAGGACAAUUGGGGAAUGGAGGGGCUGGGGGUUGGUGUGGUUGGAAGGGGGUUUGGUGGAUUGGGAGAUCCAAGGUUAACACGAUGAACAGUCUGUCUACAAAUCGCAAGAUGUUGUCCAGGUCAACAUUCCUGCAGAGUCCGGCGAGAUGGGUGUCCUCGCCAACCACGUUCCAUCAAUUGAGCAAUUGAAACCGGGUCUCGUUGAGAUCAUCGAGGAGAGUGGUGGAAGCAAGCAGUUCUUCCGUAUGUCCCCGCCGAACAUUUCAGGGCGAACAUAUAUCUAACCAGGUUAUCCACAGUUUCCGGAGGAUUCGCAACCGUGCAGCCAAACUCACAUUUGAGUAUCAACGCCGUCGAGGGGUUCCCAUUAGAGGAUUUUAGCAUCGAGGCCGUUCGAUCGCAAAUCGCAGAGGCAACAAAGAUUGUUGGGGGAAGUGGUAGUGAGCAAGAUAUUGCAGAGGCAAAGAUUGAACUUGAGGUAUGUUGUGGUUCUAAGGUGGAAUUUGAGCAUGGCUAAUAUAAAUCUAGGUGCUCGAGAGUUUACAAGCUGCUUUGAAGUAAUUGGGUGAUUGGGACGGUUAACUCUUAUAGACGCAGCUGCCAUGUACAUCAUUGUUUCCUAAAUGCAUCCUUUGAAUUUGACCUGACGGGUUCGAAUGAGAAGGCAGUUUCUGACA